UGAAUUUGGAACAAGGAACAAGGACCAAAUGAUGUGGACUACACUUACAGUCGUAAUUGUGCUAUUAGUCAGCUGUUAUGGAGAAGAGGAGUAUAUGAACAGCAGACAAAAACGUCAAGGAUAUGGCUACGGUGGAUCUGGCGGAUAUGGUGGACAGAUGAGUGGCUAUGGACAAGCAGCUGAACCUGCAGCAGCUGGUGGUUACGGAGGGAUGGGUGGCUACGGACAAGCAGCAGAUCCUGCUGCAGCUAGUGGUUAUGGUGGUUAUGGACAAGCUGCUGAUCCUGCUGCAGGUGGUGGUUAUGGUGGUAUGGGAGGUUAUGGACAAGCAGCUGAUCCUGCAGCUGGUGGUUAUGGUGGACAGCAGCAAUAUGGUGGACAAUAUGGCGGAUUUGGGAAGUGAAAUGGACAAGUAAAUAAUUCGAAAUGUGUAACUUGUGACGGAUAGAGUUUACUGUUACAAAGGGACAUGUCAUCUUUCAAGAAAAAUAUAGUUUAUUUUGAAAAUAAUAUUUUCUUGUCUUCAUAUUUAGUUAUGUAUUAGGCCGUACCGAUUAUAAUGAAAAAAUUAUCGGGGACAUUAUUUGCACCAUUCUAGUUGAAUGACAGAUGAAUCAAGAUUCAGUUGUCGCUUUGAAAGGUGCAUGCGUUAUCAGUAAUAUAUAGACUACCACUCACAAUGCAUUUAAAUAUACAUGUUUGUAUUUCACUAAUACAUCUAUGCAAAUUUGGGAGAAAAAUCCUCAUACAUGCCAGGAAUAUUUCAUUUAAGUUUAAAAUAUGGACGCACGUUGCCGUUGCCUGUGUCAGUCAGUUCUUCAACAUUUCUCGAAGCUAGAAAUUGUCCUUUACUUGGCCGACGAACUAUCUUAGUUUUUUAAGGCAUUAUAAAAUGUAUCCACCACCGUCAUGUUUUGCUUGUUUUGUUAAUCAACUAUAGCCAGGCCAGGCCCCCCACCCCAUUUUUACAGCCAGAGAUACACGGAGAAAAUAGCAAUAGAAUAGACUUAAGACAACCCUUUUACAUAAGUUUAAAUUUAUCUUUCAAUUGAAAGCCAUUGGAUGUUAUUUUAUCUGUCAAAUAACAGGAGUUGAAUGUU